AUGUCAGGCCCAACCAAGCCCGGAGACUCGGGAAUUCGAAGUCAAGAAGGGGUCGUCUCGAGGCCUGAAGGGACAGACUCUGAGCCAAAGCCAAUCACCGAGACAAUAUCCAGUAGGAUGCAUCAUGGGCACAGCGAAAAAUCCCAAUUCGAACCGUUCACGAGCCUCGCCGACCAGAAGAAAGCUGGAGAAAGGGAGUAUGGAUAUGACCAGGGACAUCCUGUUCCGGAAAACCGGAAUAACGAAGAUUAUAGCUUUAUGGAGAGAAAACCUGGAAAGAAGUCUUACUUUAGUGAACUCCUGGAGAAGUAUGGUAAACAUCUCCGUAUAUCAGUUUCAUUUCUGCUGACGAUACUCUUCCGAACAGUUUCCGCUAGGUUAGCUCCAUGCCUUUGUACGAAUAAACCGCACACCCGCCGGGAAAAAUGGGGCAAUAAGAUCAUCCAUAUCAUGCUGAUGUCUAUGACGGAGUUUGCGGGCAAAUUGUCUGUGUAUAAUUAA